CCAAAUUUUAGUAAAUGCCCAUGUAGGACGUUAGAAAGAUCAUCUUAGGCUACCGUUAAAAUGCCAUCAGUAAAUCAGACUUUAUCCUCAAUUCUGGUGCAUCCUCAGGCCAUCCGAGCAUGAAGUACUGUCACCUACCUGCAUUCACUGGUCCACGCGGGUUUGGUCCUCUGCAUGCCUAGACAACCACAGUGUUCUGUCCGGACAGUGUCCCUGGAGACAGCGGAGCGACAUGUCCAGGGCCCAGAUCUCGGCUCUGGUGUUCGGCGUCGGGGGCUUUGGCGCCCUGGUCGCUGCCACCGCCUCCAACGAGUGGAAAGUAACCACCCGAGCGUCAUCGGUGAUAACGGCCACUUGGGUUUACCAGGGUCUGUGGAUGAACUGCGCAGGUAACGCGCUGGGUUCUUUCCAUUGCCGACCGCACUUUACUAUCUUCAAAGUAGAAGGCAAAGAAACAUUGUUUUCUUAUCAGUGGCCCCCCGGGGAACUCAUGGUUCCUUGCCACACCAGAUGGCAGGCAUUGAGGCAGCCCCCAUCACACUCUGUCCCAGUGCUGCCACCUUUCUUCCCAUCUCAGCAGUAUUCUGCACUCAGACCAUCCAGUGCUCAGCAGCAUUCUGGUUAUAUCCAGGCAUGUAGAGGACUUAUGAUUGCCGCUGUCAGCCUGGGCUUUUUUGGUUCCAUAUUUGCCCUGUUUGGAAUGAAAUGUACCAAAGUCGGAGGCUCAGAUAAAGCCAAAGCUAAAAUUGCUUGUUUGGCUGGGAUUGUAUUCAUACUGUCAGGGCUAUGCUCAAUGACCGGGUGUUCGCUGUAUGCAAACAAAAUCACAACAGAAUUCUUUGAUCCUUUCUUUGUGGAGCAAAAGUAUGAAUUAGGAGCUGCUCUGUUUAUUGGAUGGGCAGGAGCCUCACUCUGCAUAAUUGGUGGUGUCAUAUUUUGCUUUUCAAUAUCUGACAACAGCAAAACACCCAGAAUGGGAUACACGUACAAUGGGGCCACGUCUGUCAUGUCUUCUCGGACAAAGUAUCCUGGCAGAGAAGGAGACUUUAAAACCACAAACCCUUCAAAACAGUUUGAUAAAAAUGCUUACGUCUGAAAAGAGCACAGCCACAAGCUGUGUCUUGAGCUCGUGACAAACGUGAACUGUUCACAAAAUGAUCCCGAGGUUCUCCUAUAAUUAACACUCAAACUACUUUUCAAAUAUGAAUUUGAAGAAUUUGUUGAUUAUUUGGAUGUAAAUGUCCUGACCUAGUUACAUACUAAUCGUUUUCUGUUGUGGCUUUCUUUAAAAAAAUAAACAGGCUAUUUACAGAAUUUGUAUAUAUUUCAUACAUCCAAAAAACCUGUAAUGUAUUUAGCACCAAAGAUUCCAAAAGUAUUCAUAAUGUCAUCUUCUUAAUCAUUCAGACCUUGCAGUCUUUGCCCCUGUUUUUUAUGUUUCUUUUCCUUCAUAUAUUAAACAGAAGGUAUAGACGGA